UGACUCUAUGUCUGCUAUGUAAUGCACUGUAAAGGCAUUAGGGGGUUUGUUUUAGAAGUAUGUUGUGAAAAUACGAAGUAGAAGGCGUCUAGGUUUUGGUAUUUUUGUUUUGUCGUCCUCUGAUACUGUGGAAUUUGCCAGUUUUGAUAAACUGUUUUUGUAGAAUCACUAUUAACAAAGUAUUAGAAGAUCAGAAACAUAAAAUUUGGGAAUGAACCUGUUUGGUAUGAUUUAGGAGUACCGGAGGUUAUGGGUAUGGCGGGUGGCUGCCAGUGGCGAUUAUGUUUGUGAUUGGUGGCGAUGUCACCAGGGUCUUCUUGGAUGAAAACGAAAGGAAUGAAAAGCUGUCAUAUUAAUUCUGAGCCAUCGACAAAUACGGAAGAUUCAGGAGAUGAUGCAGAUGAAACUUCAAGUGUAGGGAGCACUUCUACAACUGACAAUACUUCACGAAGUGAGACACCUACCAAUAAAGCAAGAAAAGGACGUAGAGGACGGAAGAAAGUUAUCAAGAACAACAUGAAGCUUCAGUAUAAGUUUUCGACUAGUGUGAAGGAAGACCAUGGUCAACCACUGUUUGGUGCGCAGUUCAAUCAUCAUUUAAAAGAAGGACAGCCUCUGAUAUUUGCAGCUGUUGGAAGCAACCGUGUUUCUAUAUAUGAAUGCCCCGAAGGCAAUGGGAUUAAGUUACUGCAGUGUUAUGCUGAUCCUGAUCUUGAUGAAAACUACUACACUUGUGCAUGGUCAUUUGAUGAGGAAUCAGGAAAGCCAUUAUUGGCUGUUGCAGGUUCUAGAGGCAUUAUACGUAUCUUCAGUCCAGCAACAAUGUCUUGUGUACGACAUUACAUUGGUCAUGGUCAUGCUAUAAAUGAACUUAAAUUCCAUCCACGUGAUCCCAAUUUAUUGUUGUCUGUAUCUAAGGAUCAUGCUUUGAGGCUGUGGAACAUCAAGACAGAUGUUUGCAUUGCAAUAUUUGGUGGUGUUGAGGGCCAUCGAGAUGAAGUCCUUAGUGCUGAUUUUGACCUGCGUGGUGAUCGUAUUUUGUCGUGUGGAAUGGAUCAUUCAUUGAAACUGUGGCGACUGGACAAAGAAACCAUGAGAGAGGCUAUCCGUGGGUCUUACCAAUUCAAUGCAGCUCGAAGCCUUAGGCCCUUUGACUCUCUAAAGGAACACUUUCCAGAUUUUUCUACAAGAGAUAUUCAUCGGAACUAUGUUGAUUGUGUCAGAUGGCUUGGUGACUUUGUCUUGUCGAAGUCUUGUGAGAACUGCAUUGUAUGUUGGAAACCAGGACGUCUGGAAGACAGAGAACUCCGAUCAAAUGAAACAAGCGUUACAAUUAUUCACCGUUUUGAAUACAGAGAAUGUGAAAUUUGGUUUGUCAGAUUUGCAAUGGAUUUCUGGCAGAAGAUUUUAGCACUUGGUAAUCAGGUGGGACGUACAUUUGUAUGGGAUUUAGAAGUGACUGAUCCAACACAGUCUCGGUGCACAACUUUAACACAUCCCCGAUGUGUGGCAGCAAUUCGACAGACUAGUCUUAGUCGUGAUGGUUCAGUUUUGUUGUGUGUAUGUGAUGAUGGAACUAUUUGGCGUUGGGAUAAGGUUGUGUGAUCUUAACUGCAAUAAGUAAGUUUAUAUCAAAAUAUUUUUGUAUAUUGAACAAUGGAAUUAAAAUGUGUUUAGUAUUGAUGCAUAAUGGUUUAAGUCCAUGAUUUGUACACAACUGCUUCAUGCUUGGAAUGGAAAUGUGAACUUGGAUCAAAUUUGUUACCACUAGUUGCCAGGUGACACAUUUUAUUUUUGUGCGGAGAGAUCAAAAAUGCAUCCAAUUAGAAAAUUAUACAUGGCUUAACAUUGGUUGAGAGACUCCUAAACAGCAUUAGUUACUGUUCAUGUCCCCACAAAGGUUGUGACAUGUCUGAACAGUGUGCAACUUGCAAUGCAUGUAGACAGUCAAGAUGUGAAUGUCUGCUCUUCACGAGCACAGUGUAUUGUUAUUGUUGAAAAUCAUAUUCUUGGCUGCCAGACUGCCCUUGUGCUUGAACUUCUGAUUCUUCUAUGCUGAAUAAGUCGGCAGUAAUUCAUUUAAUAAAAUAUUUGUGACACAGGAAGUGUAAAUGAUAAAAAUUGUUCUGAUUGAGCUUUAGUGAAUGAUGAAUGUGAAAUGUCUCUGUCAAUUUGUUAUGAUCUCCAUGAAAUUCUCUGAAAACAUUUGCUCAGCAAAUUGAAGCACUGUCAACAAUUGGCCAGGUAAUUUUUUCUAUGAAUGUGACCAUCAACACAACAAAUAAAUGAAAGAUUGUAUUCAAGUGAAUACAGGCAUAUA